AUGAGAAGGAAGGAGUUUGUAGGAAGUUCUCAAGCUCCAGAGGAGAUCGAAAGAGAAAUUCUAUCAAGAUUGCCCGUCAAAAGUUUGUGCCGAUUCAAAACCGUUAAAAAAUCGUGGCGUAAUCUCAUCGGAGACUCUACUUUCAUCGCCAUGCAUUUGAACUGUUACGGUAGCAAUACGGAUGGUUUUUUGGUUCAUGGAUGUUAUUCUUAUGGAAUCCAACUUUCGAGGUCCUCUUUUGACCAACCACGAAAGUUCAUAAUUGGUUCAAUCAAUGGAUUAGUUUGCUUAAGCGAUAAGAUACGCUGCUUUCUGAAGAAAGAUGAUAGGUUGAGAAUACAUAUUUGCAAUCCUUCCACGAGAGAAAUUAUGGAGCUUCCUCAAUCUUAUCAUGACCAUAAUGAUUUUCUUUCCGGCAUUGGUUUUGGGUUUUGUCGUAAAUUCAAUGACUAUAAAGUGGUAAAGGUUAGCUACCGUCGUGAUUCGUCUUCAUCGGAAGCUCAGGUUCAAGUUUAUAGUUCAAACAUGAAUUCUUGGAAAAUGAUAAAGAUAGAGAAUCCAAGUUUGUGGGCAUUGUUGCCUUUGUAUCGAGGCAGUGGGUGUUUCAAUGGAGUUUUUCAUUGGCAAGGAUUGAAGAAAUCAUCAUCCAAGAAAAUUAUCAAAACCGUCGUAUCGUUUCAAUUUGAUGAGGAGGUGUUUCGAGAGAUUAAUUUGCCAAAUGAUCCAGAUUUUCAAGGUGACGUCCACUUUUUUAUCACGGAAUAUCGGGACUUCUUCUCCUCUUUAGUUGUCAAGCAGGGACCAAAUGUGAAUGUUUAUAAAGUAUGGGUGAUGAAGGAAUAUGGUGUGCCGGAUAGUUGGAUUAAACAACUCACCAUUGAAGUACCAAUCUCACAAGAUCAAGAGGAUGUGAAUUCGACGAAGUUGAAGGGUAUUAUCUUCUUAUUUAAGGGUUGGGAAGAGGCUGUGGAUAAUUCUAAACACUAG